AUGGAGACCAUUACUAGCUUAAAGCUGCUUGUAGCAACUUAUCAUAUAAAGAGAGCGAAGCUUAAGGAGUUUGGGUUGGACAAGGUUGAGUAUGAACUUUUGAUCGAUGUUUCAGAUAUUCCCAAUCCAUUGUCGUACCCAAAACCUCCUGAUUUAGUUUCCAAAAAUGGAUCAAUCAUCAAGUUUGAUUCAGAUAGAGGUGAAAAGGUUGGUAGUGAAGGUUUGGAGGGGGAUGAGGUGAAGGAAAACUCUGAUUUACUUUUCUUUUCGGAUGAUUUUGAGUUUGCUCAGUCGCCGGGUAUUUUGCAGUCUUCACAAUUCAUCUUGGAUUCUGAACACUAG